GUUGAAUACAACUCAGUGUGUUCAAGUGUAUACUCGACAUGUUAGUUUUAUUAUCAACACGCUUGGCAUGAACUCAAAUAAUCACGUGACAGGAAAGCACACUGACAGAUAAUUGGCAUUCCGAAAACGAGAAGAACAUAUCACUAGCAGUAACACUUUAAAGAUAACAGAUAGAGAAUUGAAAAUGAAGAAACCUCAAUGAAAGAAACUUUGACGACUCCUAAAGAAUUCACAUAUUAUUAAAAUGACGAUGCAGGUCAAGGAAGAAAGAGUUGACACGGAGUAUCACAGGAGUGGACAAUAUGUCGCCGGACUUCAAAAUCACCAGUAUGCUCAGCCACAACAGCCUGCUGCUCCUCCGAUCUUCCCAGCACCGGGUACUUACCCCGUACAAAACACUUCUACUUACGCUGUUCAAAACACUUCAACGUAUCCCGUGCAAAACUCUUCCAUGUUGAUGCCAAAUAACGUGCAGACUUCUAAACCAGAAGAAACUGUUUCCGAAAAUCAAAUCGAUUUCUCAAGUGUCAAGGGCAUUUUUGGUUGGACAUCAAUAGAUGGUGUCGAUGUUCCGUAUAUAUUCCGGAAAGACAAAAUGUUUGUUUCAGUACGGAUAGUGGAACAAAAACUAUUAAAUAAAUAUCCGAACUCGUAUCCUGAUGAUUUAGGGAAACAUCAACCUCUGACUAGUUUUUUUAUUACCCCACACGAGUGCAAACUACUUAACGAGAUCAACCAAGUACACUGUGGUGGAGAGUUCGGCACAAAACUGUUUUCUAUCAAAGACCUUAUAGUAUUAUUGUCGGAUUUUGUAGAAUUUUAUAAUUUAGUGAAAAAGACAUUCCCGGAGAAUGGCAAGACAAUAGAGGAAGAGGACAAUAAAGCGUCAACAGGAUCGGAAUGUGGAUGGCUACAAGUAAACAAUACGGUCUCACCUUACGUUAAAAGAAAUGCUGAUAAAUUCGUUCCAUUGUCUGUUAUGAAGUAUGCAGCUGCAUUGAAUAUUCCAGGGAACGGCGUUUUACCGGAAACCGACGAAUGUGACUUGCUGAAUAAAGCUUGUAAAAUAGCUGGAUUCAAUUUCUCAUUUUCUAAGACUACUCGAAUUAUUUCCUUGUGUGAAAUUAUGAAAAGUUGUAAAAUUAAAAUAAUGGAGCUUCCGAUGGAAAAUCCGUUACAACACGCACAAUAUAUAGAGUUGCCUAGCAACAAUAACAAUGAAACGAAUCAGAAACCCAUCGAACCAACACCUAAACCAGAACAACAAACCACUUCCAAAUCACCAGUUCAUGACAUGGUUCCAGGUCAGUACCCUCCUAAUCAAAUGCAUCCUGCUUUUAUGGACCCUAGAAUGAUGUUUUCGUACAACAGGCAUCCAUACAAUAUGUACGCAAUGCACUAUGGACCUCCAAAUGUGACUGUAAAUCCACACCAACAACCGCAUCAUAUGUAUCCAGGCAUGGGACCACCACCUCCAUACGUCAACGGACAGAUGCCUAACCAGCCUGUCCACGGAAGCAGAAACCCUACGCCUGAACGUCGAGCAAGUCAAUCACCAGUAAGAACACACAGUAAUGGUAGCGGCAGGUCUACACCACAACCAAAAUCACCUAACAGAUUGACAUCACCAAAUCAUUAUCAACAAAUGAGAUCCCAGCUAUCACCAGGAUCUUAUCAUGGACCUACUUCACAACCGCAAGGAAUACCAAUGCCAGCAAACAAACCACCUAAUAACAGUAUGCCACCAGGCCAAAUACCAUCGGGCCAAAUACCACCAGGUCAAAUGCCACCCGGUCACAAUAUGAUGUUUCCAAACCCUAUGGCAAAUUUCAUGCAAAACCGCGGACAGUUUAUGGCGCAAAACAUGAGACCAAACGUUAGACCUCCAAUGCCAAAUAGCAAUCACAUGAUGCCGCAACGUCACCCAUCAUCAAAACCACAAACAAAUCCGAAUGUGCGUCCACCCAAUCAGUCAAACAUGAGAGCACCACAAUCAUCAACAGGUGGUAGACAUCAUAUGCCACCUCCUCCGUCAAUGUCAGGACCACACCAAGGACCACACCAAGGACCAAUGAACGCUUUACAAUCAAUGGUCUCUCACCAAAACGGAAACGUUAGACAAGGCGUACCACAACACAUAUCACAGACAAAUCAGAGACACAUUCCUAACGGUUUCAAUCCAAAUGCUAUGAACCAGCCUCCUCAAAGGCAAGCUAACUUGAAUGACAAUCAACAGAAUGUUCUAAGACAGCAUUUACACAAUACAGAACGACCACGAAAUGACACGAGUGAUUCUGUUGUCAAUGGGAAUGGUAAUACCCCUCGUCAUAUUACUUCAGGUCCGAACAAUCAGGAAAACAAGGGACCAGAGAAAAGUAUAAACCAAUUACUUGUAGAGAGUAUUAAAGGUGUUUGGUUAGGCGGUAAAAGUAUCUCGUGUAUGCAUCUGGACAGUCCAGGGAGAUGCGGUAAAUUUUGUUUAGUAGAAGCUGUUUGUAAACUGUAUUUCAGUGGAUGUAGUGUAAAUGAAUUUCUAUACGCAUUAGAAAACGUGUUAAAAGUUCCUCUAAUGACAUGUACCGAUGACGAGGAAAAAGCUUUUAUUCAUUAUUAUAGUUUACCCGUAACGGUGCUCAAAUGUAACAAAAUGAUUGAUUUUGAAGACUUGGAAAAAUUCUUUCCGCAGUUGUCAUAUGUGUUUAAAGAGAAAACGGGCAACGGUGGUGCUCAUAAAACAAUGUCUCAAGCUGAUAGUGACAGCGCUUCCGAGAAUCCUGUUCAACUCGACCCAGCAAUGCCAGUGACAAUGAGUGAAAUGCAACAAUCAAAUAAACGACCAAGUAGUACACCAAUUUCAGGACCACCAGCAAAGUCGAGCAAACGUUUGGAGGACACAGUUCAAAGGUUAAUGCACCAACAAGAAAUGACAACAGGUGGAACAGAGAAUCCGUCAGGAAGAGGAGCUAUUAUAAUUUUAGAUGAUUGACCAGACUGAGUAUUGACUAACCUUCGUUCUACUUUGUAGUAUUCAUAGUGCUAUUUUCAUUUUAUUUUUGUACAUAUUUUCAUCAUAUUGAACCAAAGAAUCAGUUAAGAUACUUAAUACAUUCAUUGCUGUACAUGUCUUAUAACAAAGAAAUUUCUUGAAAAUAUAAAUUAAAACUUGACAUUUUUGACAAAAGGGAUGCAUUCAAAUUUUUUUUACGAAUUUGAUAUUUACUCUUUUUCUAAUUUACAAUGUAUGCCAAAAACAGGAAGAUUAUUAUAUUUUUUUUCGAAAUGCAAUAAUUUAAACGAAUAUUUAAAAUAUUGUUGUUUUUUUUUUGUUUUUUUUUUUUAGGUUUAUUGUGAUUUCAUUUGAUUUGGUAACUGUCAAAUAUUGCAUGAUUUUGACAUUUGCGUUCAUUUUUGUAGAUUUUUCUUGUCAAGAAAAAUUCAAAAUGUUCUAUUUUUUUUUUUAUAAAAUGAGAUUUUCUUAUUUUAAACGAUUUUUUUUUAAUUCCGUGGCAUCGUCAGUAUUAAUUAGUUUUGAGCAUUCAUAUCAGCUUUACAUUAUCGUUUAUAUAUAACACGUGACCUUAUAUCUAUGACAAAUAGUUCAUAUCAGUUCUUAUCACCACACAGAAUCUCCCAUGUCGGAAUCACAUCUGUAAAUAUGUCUUACAAUAUUUAUUACAACUCUGGAGGUUGUCAGGGCAUUAGAAGUACUUAAUUUAGUCAGUUAUGUGUUCUUAUGAUUGGUUGACACAGAAUUGUAUUACGUUUAAUUAUAUAUAAACUUGUUUAAAAAAGUGUGAUCAAAUAAUUUGUGGACAGCUGGAAUAUGCGCAAUAAAAAUUAUUUUUGUUUUGUAAUAGGUGUCAACUUUGUCCUAUUGUUUUUUUUUUGUUUUUUUUUAUCUUCAUGACUUUAUAUUGCAUUAAUUUUAUUCUUUUAUAUAGAAAUACAAAAACUGUUCUUCCUAAAAUGCCUCUUGAUUUAGAAUACCUUAUAAUGUAGUGAGUUGAGGUUAAAUUACCAUUUAAACAAAGUAUGGUAGGACUUUUUGUUCAGAAUUUUUUAUUUGUUUAUAUGUGCAGUUGAUAUUAUCUAGAUAGGGUAAAAUUGAAGUUUAUUGAACAAAAGAUUUCUGCAAUAUUACAAAAACUUUUUAAAUUUUGAAGGAAAUGGUCCUGUUUAAAAAGCACAAAAUUAAUAUUCUAAUAAAUGCAAAAAAAAGGUACAUCUUGGUCUUCUGUUUGACGGAGCUGUACAUUUAUUUAUAAGAACUGGUCGAAGUGUACAUUAGAAAUAAGAUUUUAGUGCUAAUAACUUGACACAUUUGUUCUGUACUCUGAGGGUUAAAGGUUAUAAAGUCAUGACCUUGAGGUGCUCUUUGAUGUUAACACGUACAUGCAUUUGAUUUACAAUAUGUUUAGCGAAUGAAAUUUUACUUUUUUUUGUACUUGAGAAAGAAACCAGUUGAUUUUUAGAGGUGAAAAGUGACGAUCCUUGAUUUCAGACUCCAGGCUCAGUUGACGGUCUCGUCGUUGAUUGAUUAUUUUCGUUUCCUUUCUUGAUAUAAAAUAUCUCUUGUACUGUCGAUCUGUGUCCUGCAUUUUUUUCUUUUAUGUAAGACCCAAGAUUUUUCCAACACCCUUUCCUUAAUCCCAAUAAAAAUCAAAUGGUUGCUUCCCAAGUAUGUGCUUUACACAUGUUUUCAUUAAGUUUCACUGCUGACAAAUUAAGUGAAAAUCUGAUUGAAAUGUCAAACAGUAAGUUGUUAUAUAUUUUUUAUUACCAUGUUUAUAAAAAAUAAAAAUGAAAAGUUA